AUGCAUGAUCGUCAGAUGAUUGCUCGUCGGAAAUGUGUUCUUGUGAAAUACGCUGGAGAUACUCGUUACGAUCCGGAACUCGUAGCUACACAUACGCAAAUGAAAGGACAAGGAAUCACAUUGAAGGCACAUAAACUUGCUGAAGUAGAGGAACAGAUCUUCGACCCAACUGUACAAGUGGUGUCCAUUGAUGAGGGCCAGUUUCCGUUUCCACAAGUAUCACUGUUGUUACCGUACUCUGAUGAGAUCAAACAAGUUGUAGCCGUGUGCGUUGGUUGUGGUGCAGACGCGAGCUACUCUUUUCGCAAUACUUUGGACAAAAAAGUAGAAGUGAUUGGAGGUCAGGAUACGUACCGAGCUUUGUGCCGAGCUUGUUACAUGGAAGAGUCAUCCCGCCGUGGGGAUCUGGAAAAUAACGAUGAUGAGAACUGCAUUCAAAGCGAGCAUCAGCUGAUCAAAGGAGAUGAACUGGCGCUUUUAGAC